UUGGCAAACUUAGGCAAAGCCGGGAAAGAGCAGCAGUUUAGAAAUGACUCCCUACAGUACUCCUCAGAUGUCUCCAGCAACCACUCCAGCAAACAAAAAGAACAGAUUGCCUAUAGGACAACAGUUAGCAGCCAUCACUGCCUGGGAUUCCUCAGCUACCAACCUUACUUCGCACAUUACAUUAGUCACCCCAUUUGCAACUCGGAGCAGAAGUCGCAGUAAUAUGCUAGUGGAUCUACAUAUGGACCAUGAAGGAUCAUCUCAAGAAACUAUCCAGGAAGUACAACCAGAAGAGGUGUUGGUCAUUUCCUUAGGGACAGGUCCCCAGCUUACUCCAGGGAUGAUGUCAGAAAAUGAGGUCCUAAAUAUGCAGCUUUCGGAUGGAGGGCAAGGAGAUGUCCCUGUUGAUGAAAACAAACUCCACGGUAAACCUGAUAAAACGUUGCGCUUUUCCCUCUGCAGUGAUAAUCUGGAAGGCAUAUCUGAAGGUCCUUCAAAUCGCUCCAAUUCGGUGUCUUCUCUAGACCUGGAAGGAGAGUCUGUGUCAGAACUUGGAGCAGGACCUUCUGGGAGUAAUGGAGUUGAAGCUCUACAACUGUUAGAACAUGAGCAAGCUACCACGCAAGAUAAUCUUGAUGAUAAGCUAAGGAAGUUUGAGAUUCGUGACAUGAUGGGUCUAACAGAUGAUAGAGACAUAUCAGAAACAGUGAGUGAGACCUGGAGUACAGAUGUUCUGGGAAGUGACUUUGACCCUAACAUUGAGGAAGAUCGCUUACAAGAAAUUGCAGGUGCAGCAGCAGAGAACAUGUUGGGCAGUUUACUGUGCCUCCCAGGUUCAGGGUCAGUGCUUCUUGACCCCUGCACAGGUUCUACUAUAUCAGAAACAACAAGUGAAGCUUGGAGUGUAGAGGUAUUACCAAGUGACUCAGAGGCCCCAGACUUAAAGCAAGAGGAGCGCCUACAAGAGCUGGAGAGUUGUUCUGGACUGGGCAGCACAUCUGAUGAUACGGAUGUCAGGGAGGUCAGUUCCCGCCCCAGCACACCAGGCCUCAGUGUUGUGUCCGGAAUAAGUGCAACAUCUGAGGACAUUCCCAAUAAGAUUGAAGACCUCAGAUCUGAGUGCAGCUCUGAUUUUGGGGGUAAAGAUUCUGUCACUAGUCCAGAUAUGGAUGAAAUAACUCAUGGUGCCCACCAGCUGACCUCUCCUCCUUCUCAGUCAGAGUCUCUGCUCGCCAUGUUUGAUCCACUUGCUUCUCAUGAAGGGGCUUCUGCUGUGGUAAGACCGAAAGUUCACUAUGCUAGGCCAUCACAUCCACCACCAGAUCCCCCAAUCCUGGAAGGAGCAGUGGGAGGAAACGAGGCCAGGCUGCCCAACUUUGGUUCUCACAUUUUAACUCCCGCUGAAAUGGAGGCAUUCAGACAAAGGCACUCUUACCCUGAGAGACUAGUUCGAAGCAGGAGUUCUGACAUAGUUUCUUCUGUCCGACGGCCCAUGAGUGAUCCCAGCUGGAAUCGACGUCCAGGAAAUGAAGAGCGAGAACUUCCUCCAGCCGCAGCCAUUGGUGCUACUUCUUUGGUGGCUGCAUGUCACUCAUCGUCAUCAUCCCCGAGUAAAGACUCCUCCAGAGGAGAGACUGAAGAACGCAAAGAUAGCGAUGAUGAGAAAUCAGACAGGAACAGACCUUGGUGGAGAAAACGUUUUGUUUCAGCCAUGCCUAAAGCUCCUAUACCAUUUAGAAAGAAAGAAAAACAAGAAAAAGACAAAGAUGAUCUGGGGCCUGACAGAUUCUCAACACUCACAGAUGAUCCCAGCCCUAGGCUCAGUGCACAAGCUCAGGUUGCUGAAGACAUUCUGGACAAGUACCGGAAUGCCAUUAAACGGAGCAGCCCCAGUGAAGGAGCAAUGGCAAACUAUGAAAGUACAGAGGUCUUGGCUGAUGGUGAAAGUGCACAUGAUUCUCCUCGUGAUGAAACUCUACAGAACAUCUCAGCUGAUGAUCUCCCUGACUCUGCCAGCCAAGCAGCCCACCCUCAGGACUCAGCUUUCUCCUACAGAGAUGCAAAAAAGAAACUGAGGCUUGCUCUUUGCUCUGCGGACUCUGUCGCCUUCCCAGUGCUAACUCAUUCAACAAGGAAUGGAUUGCCAGAUCAUACAGACCCAGAAGACAAUGAAAUUGUAUGCUUCUUAAAAGUCCAAAUAGCCGAAGCAAUCAAUUUACAAGACAAGAAUUUAAUGGCUCAACUUCAGGAAACCAUGCGCUGCGUGUGCCGCUUUGAUAACAGGACUUGCAGGAAGCUGCUGGCGUCCAUCGCCGAGGACUACAGGAAAAGAGCCCCGUACAUCGCUUAUCUCACACGCUGUCGACAAGGACUACAGACCACACAGGCUCACCUGGAAAGGCUCUUGCAAAGGGUUUUGCGGGACAAAGAGGUGGCUAAUCGGUAUUUUACCACUGUUUGUGUGAGAUUAUUGCUUGAGAGCAAAGAAAAGAAGAUCAGAGAAUUCAUUCAAGACUUUCAGAAACUCACAGCAGCUGAUGAUAAAACUGCUCAAGUAGAAGAUUUUCUGCAGUUCCUUUACGGUGCAAUGGCUCAGGAUGUCAUCUGGCAAAAUGCCAGUGAAGAACAGCUUCAGGAUGCUCAGUUGGCUAUCGAACGAAGUGUGAUGAACCGGAUUUUCAAGCUUGCUUUCUAUCCUAAUCAGGAUGGGGACAUACUUCGUGACCAGGUUCUUCAUGAACAUAUCCAGAGAUUGUCCAAAGUGGUAACUGCAAACCACAGAGCUCUUCAGAUACCAGAGGUGUAUCUUCGGGAGGCACCGUGGCCAUCUGCACAGUCAGAAAUCAGGACAAUAAGUGCAUACAAAACCCCCCGGGACAAAGUGCAGUGCAUCCUGAGAAUGUGCUCCACCAUCAUGAACCUCUUGAGCCUGGCCAAUGAGGACUCCGUGCCCGGGGCAGAUGACUUUGUCCCCGUGUUGGUGUUCGUUCUCAUAAAGGCAAACCCACCCUGUCUGCUGUCCACCGUGCAGUAUAUCAGUAGCUUCUACGCCAACUGUCUGUCUGGGGAGGAGUCCUACUGGUGGAUGCAGUUCACAGCAGCUGUGGAAUUCAUUAAAACCAUUGAUGACCGGAAGUGACCAAGACCCAAACCCACCACCACAGCCAAUUGUUAGUCUGGCAAACAAUCCCCUAAGAACAUGUAGCCACUGCUUUGAAGGCUGAAGAUUGUUUUUGUAUAAUAUUGUACAGCAUUCAGACAUUUUAAAACAGAUCUUUACUAAACAGAUUAAUGUGCUAACAAGCAGGCUCUUUUUUCUUUGGGCUCUUCUCCUUUGUGAUAAUGUGUACUUUAUCCCUUGUCCCACAUAGAGAAUAUUACUCAGAAGGGGACCAACAUUGAAGAACAGACCAGACUCUCUUGGGAAAUUUCUAGAUCUCCAUGGAUAUCCCAUUCUUUUAUUUUCAAAAAGAAUAGUACACCUCUUUUAAUAUGCAUCAAAUGGAAGGAAGAUACCAUCUGCACUGAGGAUUAGAACAGUGGUAUUUGUGGCAUUAUCUAUAAAUACACUCACCUCUAAGUUGAGACGCUAAGAAGGAAAUGUAAAUAUAAUAUAUAUUUAUAUUUGAUGUAAUAUGGACAUCUUCAGAUUCUAAUAAACAAGGAAUAUUGCUGAUAGUAGGUUGUGACAUACCCUCUUGUGAAAUGGUUUCCUUGACAAAAUUUAAGCUGAGCUUAAAAGCAGAAAACACACAGGACUAUUUAUGAAAGUGUGAAUCAGUUUAUUGAAGUCUGUAGUCGUGGUGUCUGCCAAGGAGUGUGGUGCGUAGGCUGGUCUUGCCAUGGACGUGUGGAAUCCUGCAUAGGAGCAGACUUCAGUUCUCACACACUCCAUAGGAACAAGCAGUUGCAUCUGCCUGCAUUGUGGUACUUCUUCUCUGGAUGCUAAGUGUUCCAUAGAAACCCCAAACAGAGCUCCUUGCAACCCUUUAACUGUUCGAUAACUUUAAUGAUUAUUCACAUUGAAUGCACAGAUCAGGAAUUCAGUGAAUGUCAUUUAAAAAAAAAAAAAACAUAAAACUAAUUUGUAUUGCCUGCUCUAGUGUUACAAGUUUUACUAGUGAUAAACUAUUUUAAUCAACCAUCCUAUUCUUAUGGAAAGAAAUCUAUUUUGGCAGGUUUCUGUGCCUUUUUUCCCCUCUUCUG